AUAAGGUCACGCUGACACAUGAUGCUUACUCUCCUCCGUACGCAUCUGCUUUUGUGCCUGUUUACUUUAUUUUCUCGCCUGCAAACCGAAAAGAUCCCCCUCUUUUCGUCCGUAACCCUAAAAUCUCGACCAUUCUUCGUAACCAUCUUUAAGAUUAGACUUUGCGCUACAUUUCACCUUCAAUUCCUUCAUACCCAUCAAUUCUUUUUAUUUUUAUAAAUUCGUUUUUCUUAUUGAACCUGUUCCCUGAAUGAUUCUUAUUGAACAUUUUAAUUUCGAGCUUUUUCUUUAUAAUGGCGUUAUUUUUUAGAAAAUACAAUUAUUAAAAUGUUAUUCGAUUCUCACAUUUUAAUUGAAUUUUUGUAAAUAAAAAAAAUGGGGUCGAGUUUGCUCCGGUGGGAAUCGGACCCUCUGUUUUCGGCAGCCGAGGUCGUUCAAGACUCCGUCGACAGGAUGGAAUCAAUAUUCCGUCUUUUGUUGCACGAGCAAAGUCUUCAAGAUGAGCACCCAGACCCAAAGCUACUUCUGUCAAUUAAUUAUCAUAGGCGUGAUCUUGCAACAACCCUUGAAACAGCAAAAUGGCAGUUGGAAGAUUUUGAAAGAGCAGUCAACUUGUCAUCUGUGAUAGACAAGUCUCAAAGGCAGGAAGAUGUAGUUUCAAGACACAAGCAGUUUGUCAGAGCCAUCAGGGAACAAAUAAUUCACGUGCAGAAAAGCCUCGAAGAUGCUUCAUUGCAAGAUACAGUGACAAAUACUGAGUGGGUUAACUUAGAUGAACAGGACAGAGAUAGGUUGGCAUUGUUUCUUUCCGGGGGAAAGCCCACAGAAAGCCUCAAUCGUUAUGAUUUAGAAGACAGUAGCAUAUUGAGAAGAUUUCUUGAUCCAAACACAACAUCUAGUUCAAAAGAUACUGCUGCUGGGCUUGCUGAGCACAGCAGCAGAGAAAUUGAAAGCCUGCAUAUUAAUGGGGUUUCACAUAUUGACCACAACUCUAAUAAGCUAAGGAAGGUGGGUUCUUAUUUUACUCCAAGGUUGGGUUGUGAAGCUCCGGAUUUUCUUCAAGAGACCUCGUGUAACAUACAUGGUGAGGAUGGGAGUUGGGAUCUGGAAGCUGAUGAACCCAAACCUAAAAGCUUCUUCCAUGAGAACAAGUUGCGGGCAUUGUGGGGCAGAUUGAAUUCGUUUGGUUUCUUGAAUAAUUUACGGACUGCCUGUAGGAGCACUGUCAGUAGGAAUUAUACAAAGAGGUUAAAGGAUGGAGAAGAACAAAGGCAUUCCUCAUCAUACGCUGAUGUUUCUCAUGGUGCACAGGGUCAGCAGAUGGGAAUGCAGAUGAGAAUGAGCAUAGGUUCCUGUUGGGCAAGAUAUCAAAAAUCUCCAGUCUGUGUUCGAGUUAAUCAACAUCUCAUUCGAUUGAUAUUGAUAAUACUGUUUACUGUAGUAAUUUUAGGUACGCAGCCCUUAAACAUCAUUUUCUUCAUUUUACAGUUCUAGUUUUUCUCCAAAACCAAAACAAAUGUUUUUUUUUUUCUAUUUCUUUUUUGCAGGUGUUUUGGUCUCCCAAAUAGCUUAGAGCAAUAUUAUCGGGUAUUUUCUGCGAUCAUUUCCUUGAAGAAUUGUAGCGAUGGUGAGAACAGUUGGUGCCAAGCUGCUAAUUCACCUGUUUCCUGACACAUCAUAUCUAAGCCAGGGUGCACAGAGCUGUCUGUGCUCGUGGAAACUUCUGUACCAACGGGCAUCAAUUUAUACCAUUCCUUGACCACGUGAUCCCCGUCAUUUCUGCUGGGAGUCCAUCUUUUUAGUGUUGGAUGGAUUUAUAUGGCACCAAUUAAGUAAAAGAAAUAUAUUGGUUUUGAUAA